AUGUCCAAGGUUCCACCUACGCCGCCGUUCAAACACAGACUCAUUGUCGGCACUCUUGCGAUAAUUGCUGGUGCCUGGGUCAUCAAGGACGCUGGAAAGGACUUUGAGUUCAUCAAGUUCGAACCUCACUCAACGGAAGAAGUAGAGAGAAGAAAGAGAGAACACGUCAAAACUACGUUCAAAGCCUUGGAAACGAGGACACUAGAGUAUACCCCUGAGGCCAAAGAGCGCUUACGGAAGCUCAUUGAAGAAAAGGACGAUGCAAGCAGUCUGGAGCCAAAGUCGCACAACUAG